GGCUCCAUGCCGGAAGUGAUCAUCCCCCCGUCGUUUCGGUUGGCAGCUUAGCUGGUGGGAGAUGCGCCGGCCACCUGAGGCGAGGAACCGAAGAGAAGAUUAGAGAUUCGAAGGCUGUUUGUAGCUGGGGCUGAGCGGCUGUCGAGCGGGCAGAUCAUGGGCCCGACCAAGCAUUGGGGAGAAUGGUUCCUGAACCUGCGGGUGCCCCCCGUCGGGGUGUUUGGGGUGGCCUUUCUUGCCCGAGUCGCCCUGGUUUUCUAUGGGGUCUUCCAGGACCGGACCCUGCUCGUGCGGUAUACGGACAUCGACUACCAGGUCUUCACGGACGCCGCGCGCUACGUCACGGAAGGGCGCUCCCCUUACCUGAGGGCGACGUACCGUUACACUCCGCUGCUGGGUUGGCUCCUCACUCCCAACAUCUAUCUCAACGAACUCUUUGGAAAGUUUCUCUUCAUCAGCUGCGACCUCCUCACCGCUUUCCUCUUAUACCGCCUGCUGCUUCUCAAGGGGCUGGGUCGUCGCCAGGCUUGCGGCUACUGUGUCUUUUGGCUUCUCAACCCCCUACCCAUGGCGGUAUCCAGCCGGGGCAAUGCGGACUCGAUCGUCGCCUCCCUGGUGCUUACGGCCCUGUACCUCAUAGAAAAAAGACUCGUCGCCUGUGCUGCUGUGUUCUAUGGUUUCGCCGUGCAUAUGAAGAUGUAUCCGGUGACCUAUAUUCUUCCCAUAGCCCUCCACUUGCUUCCAGAACGCGACAAUGACGAGGGCCUCCGCCAAUCUCGAUAUUCUUUCCAGGCUCGUUUGUACGAAUUCCUGAAGAGGCUGUGUAAUCGGGCUGUGCUGCUCUUCGUAGCAGUUGCUGGACUCACCUUUUUUGCCCUGAGCUUCGGUUUUUAUUAUAAAUAUGGUUGGGAAUUUUUGGAGCACACCUACCUGUAUCACCUGACUAGGCGGGAUAUCCGUCACAACUUUUCUCCAUACUUCUACAUGCUGUAUUUGACCGCAGAGAGCAAGUGGAGUUUUUCGCUGGGAAUUGCUGCGUUCCUACCACAGUUUAUCUUGCUUUCAGCAGUGUCUUUUGCCUAUUACAGAGACCUUGUCUUUUGUUGUUUUCUUCAUACGUCCAUUUUUGUGACUUUUAACAAAGUCUGCACCUCCCAGUACUUUCUUUGGUACCUCUGCCUGUUGCCCCUUGUGAUGCCACUAGUGAGAAUGUCUUGGAAAAGAGCUGUAGUUCUCCUAGUGUUGUGGUUUAUAGGGCAGGCCUUAUGGCUGGCUCCUGCGUAUGUUCUUGAGUUUCAAGGAAAGAACACCUUUCUGUUUAUCUGGUUAGCUGGUUUGUUCUUCCUUCUUAUCAACUGUUCCAUCCUAAUUCAAAUUAUUUCCCAUUACAAGGAGGAACCUCUGACAGAGAGAAUCAAAUAUGACUAAUAUAUGCUCCAGUUCUGCUGCUGCUUCUAUCAAUUACAUUCUGGUUGUUCUGAACGGGCCAGAAGAGAGAGCUUUGGAAAAUAUUUUUCAACAUCCUAAGCACUCUAGUGCAAGUUCAAUUCGGAGCAUAAAACCCUGUUCCAACAAAUUAAAACAAAUGUUUGCCUUAUUUAUAAAAGGGACUCAAUGAUUGAGGUCCACGCUUUAGGAAAUCUUAGGGCUCAUUUAUCUUGGACAUGAUGGAAAGUAAAGGUUACUGAUUUAAAAAUGGAAAGGCUGAUGAAACUAUCAGAUGCUAAAAGGUUUUUGUAGAAAAAUAGAGGACUAUAGUCCGAGUCAUAAGGUCUAAGCCAGUUUUUGUUCCACUUAUACUCUGCUACUGUGUGAAGUUGUCUUAUCUUUUAAGCUCUACUUUUUCUUUCUAAAGCUUUCCUGAUAGCUGUGAAAACUCACAAAGUGUUCCUAAAGUACUGCUGUUACAGUACACUUUAUAUGUGUUAAAGAAUACUGCUGUGCUUAGAUUGGGAAAGUUAAUUCUGCAUUAAAAGUAGGGGUUUAGAAGAUAAAGAAUCCAAAGAAUUUAAAUUGUAAUCAUGUUUCAUGUAUUUGUUUUAUAACUUAGUUUUUCAGCACUUAGUCCCAGUAGUAUUAGAGUACUAUUUGGUUUUAUACAAAAAGGAUUAAAUUUAAAUUCAUCCAUCUUUAAACUUGAGUUAUUACAUAUUUUAAAAUAGCAUCUUGCUGUUGAUGUUUUAAGUCCACAAACUUUUAGGACAUUUUAGUGCUCUCUUAUACCCCUUGGUUUUUAAUUUUCUGAUUGCUAAAAAAUACUUUUCAUCUAGAAUUUAAGUUAAUCAAGUGUUACCUGUGUUGUGAAAAUGAAUAUUAGUAGAUUUUAGAUGAUAAAAAAUUAAAUUGUUAGUAGGCAUUUGCCAACUUAAAAAUACCUCACUUAUGAAAAUUCCAUGAUAGAAAUGGAGACCUGCAUAGGAGGCUCCUGGAAAGCAUAAGAAGCAUCCUAGGUAGCCAUUAGUCUUCUAGACCAGGAAAUUGAGGGAGAGAUUAUGGAGAUUUAUCUGCUUUGGUGGACAGAUCCAUUUCCUUUAUUACUAUAUUUCUGGGAGGGCCGGCCCCGUAGCUUAGCGGUUAAAUGCGCAAGCUCCACUACUGGCGGCCCAGGUUUGGAUCCCGGGCGCACACCGACGCACUGCUUCUCCGGCCGUGCUGAGGCCGCGUCCCACAUACAGCAACUAGAAGGAUGUGCAACUAUGACGUACAACUAUCUGCUGGGGCUUUGGGAAAAAAAGAAAAAAAAAUAUUUCUGGGAUAAAAUGCUCUCUGAGUUUCAAACAAGCAACCUAAAAAAAAUUUUUUUUAACAUAGCGCAUCUGGAUUGGGUACCCCCAACCCUCUAAAAUGCAGUAGCAAUAUAUGAGUUGGAUUUUAUGAUUGUGAUUUUAAAAGAUGAGUAAUUAAACAACAUUGUUCUUUCACCAAAGAAAAAAAAAGUGCCCCAGAGAAGUAGUAUAUUUCAUGUCAAUUCAGGCCUAAAAAAGCCUUUGAGAAUAAGAUGUCUGUAGGCUGGUCAUAAUUAAUAAUGCUGUUACUGGCAGUACUUCUUUGAUGAAUACCUUUUGGGACCUGCCAUUAGAAAGAAGGGAAGAAUGGGUGGUUUUUCAUGGAUUGCUGUUUGGGUGAAAAUAGCAGAGACAAUUAAUUGUUGAGGACAGUGACCUUUCUUAUAAUAUCUAGUCUCAUAUCUCACAUUAGGUCUUAUCUUGAGGACUCUUUGUAUAUGACUUAAUGAGUGGCCUUCCAGCCAUGACAUUCUUACCUUCCUUUUUCAUUCUUUUAUAGUUAUGAUUUUUUAAAAAUUUUGAUAGAGCUGGCAGGGAGGGGAGUGGGAAACAAAUAGAAUUCCAACAUCCCAAUAUAAUUGUCUUUUUGGUGUUCCUGACUAUUUUUUUAAUAGUUGUAAGUGUAUUUACUUAUAAAUCCCUUAAUUUUUUUACUUUAACGUUCUUUCUUUGUUGUGGCUUAUUCUUCAUACUUAUGCUGAAAUUGCAGAAUAAUAUUCCAUCACAUGGAUGUUCACGUUAUAAAUGCAUCAUUCUUCCACUGUUAGACCUUUAAGAUUGCUUCUAAUUUUUAAUAUUCUAAAUAAGACUUUAAACAUUUUUCAUGUUUUAGAUCAUUCCUUUAACAUUCUUAAAAGUCAGUGGAGUUCUGCUGGGAUCUUUGGAGGGACCUUCAAAUCCAGAUCUUGCCCUGCAAGAAAUUCUCUACCAAAGGACUGCAGACAUUUCUUAAAAGACACAGACAGUAUUUUGCACGUUAUAUGCUGCAAAACAUUUAGUAAAUUAACUCAAGAAAUGAUUUUUUUUUGUUCUCUUGGAGGUUUUAUUUUUUUCAGUUAGUUUUGUUUUCUGGUUUUAUAAAAUCUCUUUUUGUUUUCUUUUCACUUGCAAUCCUUUUGAUUUCUUUAUUAGUCCUUUAAUAACACCUUAAAAUUAUAUAGCAAUUUUUUGGCUUAUUUCCUACAUAAUUCCUCUUGUUGUUAUACCGUCCCUUGAGAUCAUAUACCCAUGCACAGAUAAGCACUAAUUAUUAGCUUUCGAGGGAUGGUUCUCAAGAUUAUCUGUGUUCUAGAGGGGACUACAUAACUUUUUUUCUUCCGUAGUUGCUUUAAUGUCUUCAAAAUGUGGUCCCUAAAUAUCCCUAGAUAAAUUCCCUGGAUUAGGUCCAUUGGAAAGGCUAAUACUCCCUCCUACCCCCAUACAAAAGAAUCUUUCUUAAAACCACAGAUUUUAGUUACUGACUUCUCACCAUCUGUCUGACUGACUUUGUAAGUGACAGCGUUAUUUCAAAAGUUGUGUAGAACUUGUCUUUUAGUUAGUUGACUUAUAGCUGAAUAUAUUCCUCCAUCAGUUGUUUUCGACACUACUACCCCCACCUCAACCAUCUGUACAAUGAAUGGAAAAGGGAAAAGAUGGGAAAUUUCACAUGAGGCAGUCCCUAAAUGCAAAUUCUUGUUUUUUUUUUUCUUCAAUGUUUUAUUAUGAACAGUUUUAAAUAUUACCCGUAUACCUACCAUCUAAGUUCAAGAAUUAACAUUUUGCCAUAUUUGCUUUAUUUAUAUAUUAUUUUUAUUUAUUUAUAUGUAUAUAAUUUUUGAACUGUGUGAAGUUACAAACAUUAUUGAACUUCGCCACUAAAUACAUCAGAGCAUCUCCUAGAAAUAGUCUUUUCUUACAAAACCAUAAUAUUGUUAUCUAAUAUAAUUUAACAUCCCAUCCAUUUUCAAAUUUCUCUAAUUAUUUUGUGUUUACUCGUAAAGAACAGACAUUCUUGGAUCUCAAAGAUUCCCUGAAAGAAAGCAUGAUAGAUAAUCCAUAAUGAAGAAGUUUAAGUCUUUCCCUGGUCUUUGAAACAAAGUGAGAACUAAAGGGAUUUACCUACCAUCAAAGUUGAACAAAUAAUUCUUUUGUGCUAGUCUUUCUGUUUCCCUCCUGGGAAAACAUAGGGUAGUAAUCAUUCCUAAGAAGUUUUCCAGAUAAAGAAUCGUAUGUGUUUGGAUUCUUAAUAUCCACCCCCUUCUCCCAACAACAACUGAUUAACCGGUUUUACAUCUUGAUGAUGGUCAGUUCUGGCUUUUCAUGAUUAACUGAUUUGGAGACCUCUUCUGCCAUAUAUGGUUUCAUUUAAUUUUCACAGCAACACUUUAGAAUUGAUAAUCAUACUCUCAUUUUAUAGAUGAACAAAGAGGCUCAAAGAUUAAAUGACUGACUAAUAGGUGGCAGGGCUAGAAUUUGAAGUGAGUUUUGCCUGACUAAAUGUCAUACUCUUUCCACUAUAUUAUGUUUUGAAUUUUUCCAAGGUUCCCAGACCAAUUAUAUUAUGCUGCAAAAUAAAUGGAACUCGGCACUAACUCUAACAAAUGUCUUGCCUAUCAAUGUGCCCUUUCUAAUCGGGUAGGUAUUUGCUUGAGGGGCAGUUCUCUUGCAGUUGUGCAAGUCUCUGUCAUUCCCAAACUUUUGAAUGAUUCGGACCUUUAAUAACCUCCUCCCACAUCUAAACCUCUCACCAAAUUGUAUAAUUGCUUUGUUACUGCUGACUUCAUAAUGCCCUUUCCCUCCACAGCCUGGUCUAAAAAAUUGAUUUGCUGAACCACAUGUUAGCCCAGCUGUUUGUAAAUCAAGCUAUGGAAAUUAUGUGACCAUAAUUUCCAAAAUGUAGAUGCUUAUUGUUAAAUUUCUCUUGCUCUAGAGUGUACAUUCUGCAGUGUGCAUUUAAACAGUUAAAAUUCAUGACCCAGACUGGUAAUAUGGCAUAAGAGAGCACAGAUUCAGGUAGCUUAGAUUCAAAUCCCAAUGUGUGACCUUGGGUAUGAUCCUUUUAUCUAGAUAAAUUAGUUUUCUAUCUGUGAUAUGGGGAUGAUAAUAUAAUCCUCAAAGUAUUGUUUGUAAGGAUUACUAGUUAAUAUACCCAAAGUGCUUAUGCUGGCACAAGACAAGCCGUUCCCCGUCGCCUGCCCAGAUUUAACAUCUGUUUACAAGCCUUUAAAGAAGGCUUUUGGAGUCGGGACUUAGCCUUUUUUCCCCAGUCUAAUGGAUAUAGGAAAAGAACCUGGAUUCAUACUAAAUAAUUGUUUUAACUACCUGUUACUAUAAAUUUUAUUUCUUCUCAUAAUAAUCUGGUUCUUUGAAAAGAUAGUAGUUAUAUGUGAAACUGUACAGAUUUUUCAGACAUCUGGUUCUGGCUUGACAGUUUUGUGUUUGCGUGUCCUGUCACACGUUAGCUGACUCGAAGCAGUGGAGGUUUGGCUCAGGCGGCUAAGUUACACAGCACUUCUUUUCUCCAUUGUGUUGAGGGGUCAUUCAAGGGUUGGUGCUCUGUCAAUAGAAGCACGAGUCUUUUGCCUGGGCCAGAAGCAUCAGAAUAGCACAAGCGUUUGUUCAGCGCUCAUCCAGGAGAACCAUUCAUUUAAUCAAAACAAGCAUUCGUAUUCAUUAUCCUGAACAAAAACCAGACUAAAUGGGAAUAUUUCUAGCUGCUUAGACACUUUGCUAAUUGUUAUGUCUGCUAUAUAAAAUGAAAUGACACUUAGAGUGACUAUUUAAAAAUAAUUUGGAGCAUGAAUAUUUGAAGCUCAGUUCAUUUCGCAAAGGAAAUUUUUAACCUUCUUUGCUCUCCAUUCUUUUGGCAAUUAUUUAUAGAUUCAGACCCUGUGCCAAGUCCUGUAAUAGAUAAAUAAGACAAGGCCCAUGCUCUUCAAGAGGUAACAGUAAAGACAGAAACAUACCCUCUUAACAAAAAGCUAUAUGAGACCCCACUAAGUUCCACAACAAUUAUGUGGUUUGUAAAAUGGGUAAGUAGAGGCUAUUACUAUUCCUAUUUUACAGGUAAAAAAAUUGAGGCUCAGAAACAAGUGACUUUCCAAGGCCAAACAGCUUGUUAAUGGCAAGACUAGGUCUUCUGAUUCUAAUUCUAUUGUAUUUCGCAAGCCCUUCUUAAUGCUAUAUGAUGACAGGUGAUUACAGUGAAAAACUCCAUUUAUUUGCCAAAUGUCAUUUAUUUAGCAAACUACUUAGCAAAUGGCCCAGAGUAUCUUCUCUGUGCCAGGCAUUGUUCUAGGCAUUGUGGAUGCAGCUGUGAGAGGCAAAGACUCUUCCUGGAGCUUACGUUUGCAUGGGAGGCAAAGAAUAAGCAAAUACACGAUUGUGAUGAUUGUCAUAAAGAAAAAUAUGGCACACUAGGGAAGCAGAGAGUGAUGGCAGUGAGGAGAGGAGUGGGUGCUAUUUUAGAUAAAGUGGUUAGGAAAGGCAUCUUGAUGAGGUGGCACUUGAGCAGAGACUUGAAGGAAGUGAAGACGUGACAUUCAUGCAACUAUCUGGGGAAGAGUAUGCCUUGCUGAGCGAAUAGCAGUACAAAGGCCCUGAGAUAGGAAUGAGCUUGGUGCGUUUAAAGUACAGCAAGAAGGUGAGUAUAACUGAUUGGAGUGAGCAAAGAGCAACCCGAGUAUAAAUCACAGUUUCUAGUAAAACAGCAUGAAUGCUAGUUGAAAAAUACAAUUAACAUUAGUAUUUUUACUGGUCUAUAAUGCAAUAAGUUGGCUCAACCUAUUUUUUUCCUGACUUUCGAGCACAGGUUAAUUUGUAAGGAAGAGAAUAUAUAUAUGUAUAAACAACUUAUAUUUGAGCAGUGCUAUACUUUCACACAUUAUUUUGAGAUGUGAGGAUAUUUUAAAAUCUCAUUUUCACAGGUGAGAACCCUAAGGCUUAGAAUAUUUGCACUUUGCCCAAGGUCAGAGUUAAUACAUGAGACAGGGCCAGAACCCGGAUCUUCCAGAGCCAAAUUUACUACCCCUUUCUCUGUAUUGCCUUUAUUUAGUUUUUUAAUUUUUUAAUUUUUUUCUGUGAGGAAGAUCAGCCCCAAGCUAACAUCUGAUGCCAAUCUGCCUCUUUUUUUUUGCCGAGGAAGAUUGACCCUGAGCUAACAUCUGGGCCCAUCUUCCUCUACUUUAUAUGGGACGCUGCCACAGCAUGGUGUGACAAGCGGUGCGUUGGUACGCGCCUGGGAUCCGAACCCGCAAACCCCGGGCUGCCGAAGCGGAGCACGCGCACUCGACGGCCGGCCCCUGUAUUGCCUUUAGAUAUGGUGAGAAGAUGACCCCUGGACUCUAGAAAGUAGAAAAUUCAGGAAAAAGGUGUCCAAUGGAUUGUUCAUUCAUUCAUUUAGCAAACACUUAUUAGAGCCUACUUUGUGCCAGGCACUCAGCUAGGCUGGAGUAUAAGGAUGGUGACGACAGUCCUGGCUUCAAGGAACUCACAGUGUCUAACAGAGGAUGCAGAUGGACUGGUGAUAAUGACUCAAUGUGACCAUGGCUAGAGCAGAAUACAUAUAAAGGAGUUGGGAGCACUUCACUAAUCUAUCAAUUGGACAAAGCUAGCACAGAACUUGGCAUAUGCUAGUCUUAAUUAAUUAAAGAAGGAGGCCGUUAGACUGAGGUGGUUCUAAUACCUUGGCAGCCUAUGUUAGCAAACCAAAACCUAAGCCUGUGAAUGCCUCAAGGUUAAGAAAUCAAAACCUCAGGGCAACCAGUCAUAAACAGCCAACUGGGCUUUCCCAAAUAAGGCAAACAAACUAUAGCCAAUCAAAUCAUUUCCUUGCUUUGCUUCUGCCUCUUCCCUAUGUGUCUUUCUCUUAGCUCUUGUUGGUGGAGUGUUCCUGACCACUUCCAGUUUGGCUCUGCCCGAUUGGAAUAGAUUUUUUGCUCAAAUAAACUCUUAAUAUUUUUUAAUAUGCCUCAGUUUAUCUUUUAACACUAGGUACGGAGAUACUGGUUAUCUUACCUGUUUUCUUUUAUACUGAGUAAGUGCUGGGGGCUUUCUUUGAAACUUUCUUGCUUAAAAUCACCCGGUGAUUAAUUAUGCUUUUGAUAAUCCUUAGCUUCACUCACAAGUCCUUUUAUGAUCUGGCUCUUGCCUGCAUCUCCAGCUUCAUCUUCUACCUCACCCCACCCUACAGGCAUACCAAAUCAUACCAUCUCUUCAUGCCUUUGCAUUUACUCUUUCUUUGGCUAAAAUGUCCUUCUCAUAACCUUGUCUCUGUCACCAGCUCCUGUUCAGUUUAAGGAUGACCUUUGUGAAACAUUCUCUGAUUCAGUACCUCUGUUAUAUAGCGCAGAUCACAUUGUACUGUAAUUUCCCAUUUGUGUGUCUCUGCCAUCUAGACUGUGAGCGCCCUAGGGACAGUGAUUUCUUAUUCUUUGAAUAUUAUUUUCCUGGAGUUUCCCCAGAACCAAGCAAAGACGGACAGGAGUAACCAACAUCCUUGAGCUGCUGGGUGCGGCACAGAUUCUCCUAGGUUUGUAGAAUUGAGUUGUACACGAAUCUGUCAAGUGGGAGCUGAGGAUGUGGGCUCCUUUGCGCAGUGUCAACGGUGGCAGCUGUGAAAAAGAAAAGGAGCAGUUUCUGGGUGCCUGUCAUUUCUAAAUGCCAUCAGUAUCCACCUAGUUUUCUAAGCUAGAAACUUAUAAUCACUUCCUAUUCCUUCUUCACUUGCUACCACCUCCCCAUCAGUCACUACAUCCUGUCAGUUCUACCUUGUAAUGUCCCUGGAGCCCACUGGCAUCAUGCCAUUGUCACUGCUGAUCCUACAGUUCAGGCCCUCAUUAUCUCUCCUCUGGAAUCGAUAGCUCCUGACUGGUCUUGCUUCCCCUCCCCCUGCCCCUCCAUUCUACCUCUCAUUUAUCCUGCCCACGGCUGUCAGAGUGUGCCUUCUAAAGCAGCUCUGAUCCUGUCACCAUCUUGAUAAAAGCAUCCUAGGGGACUCUGUGACCUGCAAGAAAAAGUCUAAAUUCCUUAGCUUCCUCCAACUUGCACCAAUUUCUCCUACUCAUCUUCACUCUAGCCCAUAGGGUAAUGCCUAGUUUCCUGAAAUUACCACACUAUUAAGCUUUUGCUCAUGCUAUUUCUAAGCCUACUGUGCUUCUCCUGCCACUCAUUUUUCAAGACGCAACUCACAGGCCCCUUCCUCUAUUAGGAGGCUUGCAAGAUGACUUUAUGGCAAUAGGUUAACUAUUAAGAAAAAUAGGGUCAGAUUUGUAAGAUUUGUAAGUAAUCUCUGUUAAUGCAUUUGCUCUAUUACAGUUGUUGGUGCCUUUGUCUCUCUCUCUCAGAGUCGGUUGGCUCCUGGAGGACAAGAAUUGUGUUUUGUGUUUAUAUCCUUCGCAUACAGCAUAAGUCCUCAAUAAACAUUUGUUAAAUAAAUGAAGCUGGAGUUGGGAGGGAACAAAUGUUUAUUGAGCACUUAUUGUGAACCUAUAUGCUUUUCACAUAUUUCAUUUCAUUCUCAAAACAACUUUUUGAGAUAAAUAUUAUUCGCUGACAAGAAAACAGGCUCAAAUAGAUUUUUUUCAAGAUCAUAUGCUUGUAAGGGAUGGAGCUAGAGUUGGACCCUAAAUCUGUCUGACUCUGGAACUUUCCUCUAUUAAAUGAUUCUCAACCAGGGGCAAUUUUGCCCCCCUCUGGGGGCAUUUUUGGUUGUCACAACUGGGAGAUGUUACCGGCAUCUAGUAGGUACAGGCCGAGUACACUGCUAAACAUCCUACAUUGCACAGGAAGGCGCCCACAACAAAGACUUAUCUGGCCCCAAAUAUCAAUAGUGCUGAGGUUAAGAAACACUACUCUAGACCAUGUUGAUUCUAUUGAAAAGUAAUCAAACAAAAUAAAUGCAUCUAGCAGGAGGCCAACUACGGAGAAGACUUGGGGGCUUGGGACCAGUCAUGAGCCACCGGCAUUGGAAGGAAAAAAGAACUCUUCUGUCCAAUCCCUGACCUGCCUCCAGUUUUAUGGUUCUAUCUCUACUGCAUCCGUCAGUCUUUCUUCUUUCCAUCUUUCUUCUCUUCUCUACUUUUUCUUUUCCUCAGUAGACUUUGAUUUAGCUUGGAGAAGGCAAUCCAGAAAGCUCCAGUGUUUUCAGACCUCUUUGCUAAUUAGAAGGUAGAGUCAGUAUAUAAGAAGUAUAUAAGAAGUCAGUAUAAAAGAAGUCAGUAUAUAAGAAGGUUUCAAAUUGACAACAUCUCCAGAAUCUGGAAACAAGGCCAAAAAUGGCAGCUUCGGAAACUGACAACAAAAAAUGGAUGAGAUUAAUCACUGUGAUAAUCUUCCCAGGAAAUAACCCAUCUAAGAAAUUCUUGACAAGUGUGCUGCUGAUAAGAGUUGGCUGUUUCCUAAUCUCAGCCGGGCUCGAAGAAUACCUCCCCAUGAAGGAAAGCAUUUAAAAUGUAACUUGUAGGAGAUAAACUGUAAUCUAGGAAAUUUUAAAAUGUUUGUCCUGGGCAAGUGCUCUAA